AGUGGUCCACGAGAUGAAUGGUGAAGAUGGAGUCCAUCUGCUGAGCUCCUUUGAGGUCGACGAGCUCAUCCACAAAGCCGACGAGGUGUCGAUGAUGUCACACACUGUUUCCACGGUGACCUCCCAGUCAAGGGCUGAGGUUCCUGAGGUACCAGGCCCUCCAGAGGGUGCCAUGGCAGGAAACCCCCCACAAGGGGCCAUGUCAGAUGCCCCCCCUGUCCCAUGUGCUGCAGCAGGAGUCACCGGCCUGGAGGCCAAAGGCAGCAAGGAGCAGAACUCAGUGGAGGUCAGUGGUGAGAACCCCGUCACCAUGGUGUUCAUGGGGUACCAGGACGUGGAGGACGAGGAUGAGACCAAGAAGCUUCUGGGGCUGCAGGGGACAGUGAAGGCGGAGCUAGUGCUCAUUGAUGAUGUUGACAGGAAGUUAGAUCCAAGUCCUCCCACCUUUGCUGCCCCGUCCACCUCGGCCACACCUCCAGAGAUGAUCCAGGAGGUGAGCAGCGGGGAGGUGGUGGGGGAGGCGAAGAAGGAGAAGCAGCCAUGUAAGUGCUGCAGCAUUAUGUAACCCAUCAGAAUGUUUCUGAGACUGUAACUAACUCCGCCCACCAUCCAUUGCCCCGCCUCUAACAUGUCAUCGUUUCCUGAUCUGUUUGGAAAUGUUUUUAACCUUCUGUUUCCAGGUGUGCCACCUAAGCACACCUGAGCAGCAUUACACUUGCUUUAGCAUGUGAGCCUUCCCAGGUGUGUUUACCUGUUUUCUGAAAUAAACGGGACCGAACG